ACAGAAACAAAUUGAAAUGCCGCUACAAAACAACGACGAACGACCCGCCCGCACUCUCGCGAUCGCAACGUGCGGUGAAACGCAACUUUAUUUAGCUGUCAGCGCGUGACGAUUUUAAAAAUUUAAAUCGUAAAUGCCCGCCAACGAAAUAAAUUGUAUAUGUAUAGUGAUUAUAUUAUAAUAUAAAAUUUUUUGAAACAAUUCGACCAAGGAUUUUUUUGUGAACACCAAAGGUUGUCAAAAACAUGAAACAGGUUUAGUUUCAAGACUAAAAUACUAAAAUGUGCGCGCAUUUUUUUGUGUCAAAAGCAUGAGUGACGUUCUCUUUGGAUUAAUUUUUUUGAAGUUGUUUCACAACUAAUAUUUUAUAUUGAUUUCUCGCGACCAACAUGAUCCAGUACACCACAGAACAAGUAGCAUCAAUAUUAGCCCUCCCUAUCAUCAUCAUUCUUCUAUGCUGGACGGUGGUCAUCUUCCAUAAAAACCGCAAAAAGUGGGGAGCCUACGAUAUACCGAUUAUAUCGGUUCUCGUGUUAAGCAUUCUCAGGAACUUAACCAUACUAGCUUACACGCUUGCUAUAAUUUUUACUCAUAAUGACUUUGACACUGAUUACUGCGGAGUAGUUACGUGGAUUUUUAAUUCCAUACACACUUUUCAGGCGUCAAGUUUGACAUCGAUAGCUGUGAUCGGCUUAUUUUCCGCGAAACUCCAUCGAAAAAACCAGAGUUUACGUACUUUUUUAACAUCGACGCAUAUCAUUUAUCAUUUGUUUUGCUUGACUACUUUAUGCGCGUGCGUGGGUGUAGCAGCAAUUUUAGCUCAAAAAAAAUAUGGCAUCGAUACCGUUUUUGCAGAAAACUUAAGCCCUAGUCCCUGUAGCUUUUUACCAUUUGAACUCGAUAUAAAAUUUAAUGUUUUUAUCAUAGUAUUACACGUCUUCUUAGCUUCGAUAUCUCUCAUAUCAUUUAUCAUCAUCUGUAAUUAUUAUUACAAAAUUAAAAAAGAGAGGUUUGAUUACAUUAAAAAAAGCAACUCGGACUUGAGCGAGCUAAGCAACAAUUUCCACGGCAUUAACUCGAAUGUUAACGACAACCGACAUUUUUAUGACACUUACACGAUUCACAGAAAUGAAAAUAACAACUUUUGCAACAAAGACACGUGGACUAAAAACCAUUUUAAUAACAGUGACGUUCUCUCAAAUAACUCAACUACGGUUAGUUCUACCAACUCGAGGAGACCGUGUUUAUUGAAGCAGCAGCAACAGCAACAAGAGGCUGCAGAGGUGGAGGUUAGGAGAACCGGAUUGGAGACCAUGCAUCCUGUUUUGAUCGUUUGCUAUUUGUUUUACCAUGUACCGUUAAUCAUCCUUUGUAUCUAUCCAAAGCUAAUUCAUCCCUGGCCAGUUGCAGGAAUAGGCUUAUGGUUAGGCUUAGUGCAGGACCUUCUCAUACCAAUUGGCCUGGGAAUAAUUGACUCUCGAUUUUGUGGCUGGGUAUCAGAUGCUUACAGUUGUGCGACUAAACGUACUGAAGAAAAAUUACCUCAAGUUGGCCUUGAUGGAAAGUUUCGACCAUUUGGCUUAUCUAGUCCACCUCAGAGCCUGGAUAUAAGUCAACAGGACCGGACUAAGACGUUACAUCAAGUUGAGCACAGGUUUCCUAUUACCAACGGAUCUUUAUAUACUAGCAUUGAUGGUAGAUUGCCUGUGAUACAUAAUUAUAGACGACACAAAGAAUUUAGAACAGGGACUCUUAACAAGCAGCAGGACCUUCAAUCUUCCAACGUCGCCCUACAUUCGUCACACUUGAAUAGACGGGAUAUCGAAUCUACCACACCUCAAAAAUACUCGAACUGUUCCAAUUGCGAGGCGGAUCAGUGUCUCAGCCAUUCCGACUUACACCAUUUGACUCCUCAACAUGUUCAUAGGAAAUUAAGUUUUUUAAGCAAUUCGCAGACGACUGUAUUUAAUUCCGGAAGAAAACUCCACGGGACAAAUGGGAGUAAGGAGAUUGAGAUUUUGCCAAACCAUCAAAACUGCUUAUUUGUAGGCAAUAAAAGACUUCAAAAUACUCAAAACUCUUUGCAACGUAAUCAGAUCCGAAUUGAAACGAACCGAAGAAACCACAUAGCACAAAAACGCCUGAGUCAAAGUCAAGAAAGUAUAAACCACUUAUUUUAUGAGGGAAAACCAGACAUCAAAAUGGCCGAUCUGAUUUACCAUAGAUCAGAUAUUAAUAUUUCUAGUCCCGGUUAUAAUAUAGAUGUCAAUAUCAAUCAGCAAAUGAUUAAAAACUCUAGAAAUUUAUUAAGACUCAACAAAAUGCGCCUUAGCCGUAGCGAAGAUUCUUUAACAGACAUUCAAAUGGAAUCAUCGAUUAUACCGACAACAACUCGUCAACCACCUUCUCGCCAACCGUCCAUUGUUCAUCAACCUUACCAAGAGAACCAGUUUUCUUCAGAAGAUGAAGAGUAUUUUUUCAAUCAAAAUCAGCACUUACCCAAGGACUAUGACUCUAUGAGCUCAAACAAUAGUAUAACUACAGAUGCAAAUUGUGACUUUGAAUUUUUCCAGGCAAACAACUCAACUAUUAAUGAAGCAGGGAUUUCAAAUUGUCAAAAAGUUAAAAUUCACGACUCUCAAGAUAAGUCGAAACAAUAUUCGAACACUAAAAUAACUAGGUCGAACUCUAAAAGAUCCCUUGAAAACUUCCAAGCCUUUGUGGAAGAAAACACUUUUAUCGAUGCCGAAUUAAAUAUUAGACAUAAAGAUCAAAAUAUCAGCAGAGUAGUCAUACUGCAUAGAUCUAAUUCUUUUACCACUUUAGAAAAUAAAAAGAAAAAAUGUAGAGCAAAGCAAGUGGUGAGUAGAACAAGCUCCAAAGCUUCGGAUUCGGCACAGUUUUUCAGUUUUCAAAACGAGUUAAAUAUAAGAAAUAAAAAGAUCAAGUCAGUAGAAUAUUUACCGAAUUCGAUAAAAGAAAGUACAACGUAUAUUGAGGACUAUAAAAAUAAUAAUAAGGAUUUUAAAUUUGGCAGCAGCGUGCCAGAUUUUAAAAGAGUAUUUAUUUCCGAUUAUAUAUAAUUGUGUGAUGUUUGAAUUUUGUAAAUUCGUUUUUGAUCGUUACCGAAGUAUAUAUUUAGGUAAUUAAACUGUAUGCAAUAGAUAGAUAAUAGUUUCAUAUAGUUAUGGUGUAAAUAGUAUUUUAUGUAAAUAUAAAGUAUUUAAUAAAAACUGAUUUUCAAAUUGAAUUUA